GUUAACAGGGGGAAAACAUCCUCUGUGUCGAUUACAACUGCCACACGAUCUCAUGAUGCGUAAAUUGUGCACGGGUGUGGUUGCUCUGUUCUGUAUGGCGUUAUACCCUUUGAGAUGUUCCGCCGAUAUGAUCUGUUAUAAAAUGGCGCUCGCUGGUGCUGGCGAACGACAUGACUCUGCAGGAACGGCUACCGAGCGAGCAGGGCGGGAGUCUGGUGGAAAUUGUGGUGGGCCGGCCUCGACUUCUGGCAGUGCUCCAGUAGCGGAACGCGGUCAGAUUGCUUCUUCGGGUGGCAGGUACAGCGGCAGGACGAAGAGAAAUCCUUUGUACUACAAGUACGACAACCGGCAGUGGUUUCUUGAUUGGGUUUCUGUUGACAAGUCCGCGCUGACUAGUCCACCUUGCGGUGGAGUCGUCUUCGUGAGAGACCAUAAGAAUUUUCGGCUCGUCGGGGCCGUGAGCGGGUGGGAAGAUUGUUCGGAAGGAGUUCGUACUUUCACCCUUCAGACGACAUACGAGAAGGACGGUCGUCCUAACGAUGACGCCCAUGGUGUCAGAUUGUCUUGGAAAAAGUUCCGAGGUUUCGACAAACAAGCCACCAUGCUUCCAUUUUACACGACCAUAACAUCAGAUUUAGAACCAACUGUUCUCCUGCGGGUCUUCUUUGAUGAGUGGGAGAGAGUGGUGCCGCCAGCCAGGUGUUUAGAUGUGCCGCAGGAGCAUCGUAUUUCAAUGCCGAUCUCAUACGUUGGCGGUGACGAAGACCGCAUGCGAACUUCAGAAAUGUCGACUGCUGUUGCUGCAGAGGGUGCGACUGGAGUGCUUGACCCUAGCUACGUUCCUGAGCAGCCAGAGCCCUCAGGUGCUUAUGAAGAAUCCGAGCCGGAAGGUGAAGCUGUCGAACGCAGACAUGCGAAGGGGGCGGUCGCCGAUGUGGCUCAGGGUCCAGUGAGUGCUACGAAUGAGCCGUCGACUGGGGAGAAGACGACUGGAGUUAGCACAUCGGGAGGAGAUCAUGAGGUUGCGGAGCAGCCAAGGGACAUGGGUAAAAGACCUGUUGCGGUGGGAGAAAAGAGAAGCGGAGAAGAAUCUGAAAGCGAGGGGGCUGGAGACGAACACAGACAUGUCGUACAAUCGGACAAGAAGAAAAGGAAAACAAGUACCCCUCGCCAGACAUCUGGCAAGAAGAGGAAGUCAGGAGGGAGGAACCCGGAAACACCGAAGGCGAGACGGGGAGGUGGAACGAGGGAGGGGUCAUCGAAAGACAAGCGGGCACGAGCAGAUGAAAACAACAGUGAGGACGACAAGAACAAGGUUGUCGAUCUGGACGCCGGGUACUUUCUGGAAGGGAAAGAGGGUGUAAGGAAAGAUGUCACUCUUUCUAUCGACCCGGAGAGGGUCUUGGAGUUGCCGACGUGGGAAAGCCGUACAAUCAUCCUUGGCAUGAAGUUCUACGACGAGUGGGAAAAGGGCCAUCUGCUCGCCUCUGAUGGCGCUGUGUGGACGAAGAAGCCUCCAACAGCGGACCCGAAAGUCACCCGUGAGGGUCAAUCAUUUGCGGAGGACAACAGUGGCCAUAAGAAAGUUGUGUAUAAUGUACGUGUGACUGAUCUGGAGAUGCGGAAAGGAAAGAAGAAAAGGAAACAGGAGGAGCGCGACUUUUUCGUGCAAGUGAAUGAACCCGAUGUGCAUUGUUGGAAAGAUACGGGGGAUUUCAUAGAUGCGGAGAAACGUCAGAUCCUGCGAGGGUUACUGGACCUGGACAUUGUCUGGGUGCAGAUAGGAAGCAAAAAGUUGAUUGAGCAGGGGAAGGUUGGGAUGAAGGAUGCUUGUGAAAUGGUCAAGCAAGAUCGGAUGCUGCUCCGACUGUGGCAUAUUGUGCAAUUCCAGCACGAGGGUCACGACAACGAUGAUUGGAAUGACUCCUUUUUCCGGACGAAGGAGCAAUUGAUGGCAGAGUACGCCUCCAAGGGUCUAGACGAGAAAUUGUGGGCGGGCUGCAGGAAAUGGGUCACAGAUCACUCGUACCUCAAGGAAUGCCCCCAGUGUCUCGGCUGUCCGAAUGAUAAGGACGUGGCGGCGACGAUGAAGUUAGUCAAUCACGAGAAGUUUCCCACUGAGUGGAAGCGGGUUGUGUUGUCCGUGCUAAAAGGUGAACGUAGCAAGACAGAAGAGGGGCCGCAAGCACUGGGAGAAUGCACCAAUGUCAAAUGGAAGCACACCAGUCAAGUGACAACCCUCGCACCAUUUGCUUACGACGCCUUCACGACUUUCUUGAGAAAGGAUGAGAUGAGGAAAGUUGUGACGCAGCUGCGAUGCCACACUUGCAUCAUUGACUUCUGCGAUCCCGUUGACCGAGCACGUUGGAAUGAGGAGGCUUUUCGGUCAUUGGCGGCAUUCCUUGAAGUUGUGCAGAAAGAGGUCGACCAUGAUCCAGACAGGAACAUGUGGUUCAAGCUAUCAGCUAAGAAAAGGGCGAGUGUAUACAAGUUUCUCUUCCUUGACACACGACCCAAACUAAGAUUCGAGGACGACUACAAGUGUCGCCGAGAUGUCGUGAUCAGGGCAUUGGAUGGCUACCAUGGUGCUUCUAGGGAGGCUGCGGCCAACUUCGUGGAGAAACUUGAGGAAUGUUAUUUCGACAAUGGCAAGAUGGAACUCACGAGCACCGACGAGUCUGAUUGGGGUCAUCAUAUAGUUUGGCAUCCAGAUGUGUUCCAACCGGCAGUUAUUGAUAGUGAAUGGGUUAUGGCGUUCAAUGAUAAGGGCGACUGGAAAUCAGAACCCCGUUUGUCAAAAAAGGUGUUUGAAGAGGCCGCCCUCCAAGCGGUUAUCGACCACGUCGCGGAGGUAAACUGCCGUCAACCAGAUGAGUUUGUCAUCAAAGUGUUCGGAGAGCAGACAUAUGAGAUUCUUCGGGAACACAACAUGUUGGAGUUGUGUCGUGACUUUUAUUACCUUGAAACAAGUCCAAGUUACUGGCAUAUUCCGCCCCCUGCCCCAACACGCGAAGAGGGAGCUGGACGGGGCGGACGUGGAGGAAAUGACGAUGGAGGGGACGGAGGAGGUGAGGACAGAACCCGCGUCGGCGGUCAAGGUGGACAUGGUGGAGCAAGUGACAAUAGAGGGGGCGGCGCACGACGUGGAAAUAUUACGAGCGCGGGAGGGGUCACGAUCGCAGGCCGAAUGGGUGGUAUGGCUUCGGCAGAAGGUGCGAGCUCACAAACUGGGCAGGGAUCACCACACGUGGAAUCUCCACCGCCGAUGCAUUCGCUGCAAGCUUCUGAACUCGUUGGCCAAGGACAACACGCAUUUCCCGGCAGCGGAUGUAUCCGCGAUACAGUUUCUGCCGGAUCCAAUUUCAUGGCAGAUGCGGAGUCGGUCGACAUGGCUUCCACUAUGAAUCCAGGAUGCGACACUCGGGAGUGCGAAGUUGUUACGGAUGCCACCCUCCUAGACGGAGAGAAUGUGGUGGAGAAACCUGUAGGAGGGUCACACUCCACCGAAAGGACAGAUUCUCUUGCGAGACCUUGUGCAACGAGGUCUGAGGUGGAUAAGGGGUGGGGGCUGCGGGUUGGAAUUUUUUCUGUCGGCACCGGAUGUAUCCGCCAUGCGAGCGGGCGCGUCAGUGUGGAGCAGACGGAGGACUUAGUUGCCGGAAGCUUUUCAGCCGGUGGCGGAUAUAUCCGCUCCUCGGCGCGUCAACUCAGCAGCACCAACGACACCCUUGUGCUGGGUACGGAAGACCAGGAGACUGCACCCUUUGACAUGCAUUAUGGUGGUUCGGAGGGCGGGCAUGUUUCACUGACGGAACCCGCGGAGAAACCUGCGGGCGGGUCAUACUUCCCCCAGAUGGGAUUCGAAGGGCACAAGGAGCUCGGGCUGCGUGAUGGCGGUUCUUUUAUCGGCGCCAGAUGUAUCCGCCGUCCAAGCCUCCGUGACAAUGCAGAGUGGAAGGAGGACUUUGUUGUCGCACACACUUCGCAGCAAACACGCAACAUGGAUAACACCCUUGCCCUGAAUAUGGAAGACCAGCAGACUCCACCACCAGCGCAUCAACUCAGCAGCACCGACGACACGCUUGCCCUGGGUAUGGAAGACCAGGAGGCUGCACCCUUCGACACACAUUAUGGUUGUCCUAAGGGCGGGCAUGUCUCGCUGACGAUUGCCUCGGAGAAACUUGCGGACGGGCAGAAGGGGCACGGGGUGCGUGAUGGCGGUUCUUUUGCCGGCGCCGGAUGUAUCCGUCGUCGAAGCCUGCGUGUCGGUGCAGAGCAGACUCCACCACCGACGGAGCAGCAGCCACGCAGCACGGAUAACACCCCUGCCCUGGGUGUGGAAGACCAGGAGACUCCACCUCGUGAUGCACAUUGUGGCGGUUCCCAAGGCGGGUAUGUCUCGCAGUUAUGUUCAGGGUUGCCUGGCAUGCGGCCCUCGAAAAUCAUUACGGCUAUAGUCGUGUCGGACCAGUGCAAUGAGGACGAAGACGUCACCAUGCUGGAAGGGGAUGAGGUUGCAGUCCGUCAUCCGAUCGAAGAUGAUCUUGUCAAGACACUUUUCCGCGAAUUCGAUUCCCCCGUUGUCAUCUCUCCCUCUUCACAAUUAUUGACUCCUCAAGAUGAAGUUCUAACCAUCCGUGGGAGUGGCGGGACAGCUGGUCGUCCUAUAGAGUUGUGCCCCAGUGCUCCGGGAAAAGUUGUUUGCCUCGUCGACGUAGACAUUAAGGACCUGUCCCGGUUUCCAUCCCGGUUAGAUGGCAUUAUGGCAUCGACUCAGACUGAAGAGUUCGUGCUGGGUCUAAGCACGACAUGUCUAGGAAAAGACUUGCCACAAUCGAAAGGUUUAGACGAGAAGGAACAUCUUCGACACCAAGCCGUGGCUGGUAAGCAGUGACAUGUGUUGCUCACAUUUGGGUCUGUGUAGUGUAUGAGCAGUUGGAGUUUAAUCAGUGA